GUCCACACAGCAGACAUGGCCAGCAAAAAAGCCUCCAAUAAGAGACAGAGGGGAGCACAGAAGUCUUGCUCCAAUGUCUUCUCCAUGUUUGAGCAGUCCCAGAUCCAAGAAUUUAAGGAGGCUUUCGGCUGCAUUGACCAGGACAGAGAUGGGGUCAUCAAGAAACAGGACCUGAAGGAGACCUAUGCACAACUAGGAAAGCUGAAUGUGAAGGAAGAGGAGCUGGAUGAGAUGCUGAAUGAGGGCAAAGGUCCCAUCAACUUCACCGUUUUCUUGUCGCUCUUUGGGGAGAAACUCAACGGGACCGACCCAGAAGACACAAUCCUUGCUGCCUUUAAGCUCUUUGACCCCAAUGGGACAGGCUUUGUCAACAAGGAAGAAUUUAGGCGGCUGUUGAUGAACCAGGCAGAUAGAUUCACAGCAGAUGAGGUGGAUCAGGCAUUCGCUCUGGCUCCCAUCGACCCUACCGGGAACAUCGACUACAAGUCUCUCUGCUACAUCAUCACACAUGGAGACGAGAAGGAGGAGUCCUAAACAUUGCUGUCACUAUUAUCUUCUACAUGUUUCAAUGCAUUCAUUAAAUCUGGGAUAAAUACUUCUCAUCUCUGGAACAAACAACACUUUAGAUUUAGUGAAAAUCUAAUUUUGAGCACAUUUAUUGUGGGCUUUGUUUACGUAGUGAAGUGAAUUAAUUAACUCAUAUUAUGUUCUACAUUUGGUGAAUGUUCACAUUCAUCUUGGAGAAAUCAAACGUUCAAGUUUAAAUAAGCAGUGGUAUUUCAGUUUGAGCACAUAAUAAGAUAAGACCCCUUAGUUUGAUAUUCGCAGGUGGAUUGGAUCACUUUACGUAGGAAAGAGGCCCUAAUUGGGACUUCAGAAUGCAAAAAUGAUGACCAUAUCUUUGAGAAGAGACUACCUGUCUCACUCAACGCCAACAUUUAAGUUAUGACUUAAAGCAGUUGUUUUCUAGACAAUUACACGCAAACAUCUCCUUUUAUAGUUAGUAUGUGCUCUCCUGACCCAGCGCACACACACAGACAGGAGGUAGGAAUAUCAGACUGGUGGUUUGGCUUCUCCAGUUGAGGAGUCCUUCAUUUGUUUUUACCUAGGUUCCACCGGGUGCUGCAGUCCUGUAU